AGUUUAAAACAAUACGAAUAAGAUAAUAAGAAAGAGAAUUUUAUGUUUUUAAAUUUUGAAACAUCUUUGAUCUAAUAGUCAUAGAGUUGGAGUUGGGUAAUAAAAUAAAAAAUAACCUAUGUAUAAGUUCUGAUUGUCAUUAGUUAUUUACAAUAUUUUUAAUCGGAACUGAACUACGCAGCCUUCAAUUAAUAACGAAAACGAGUAUCAUGGUAACAAUGUAAGAGCUACUCCAUGUUUUUGACUCAAGGAAAUAAUAAAUCACAUUGGAAAUGGCGAGAUCUGAUACAAUGUGUACACAGUCUUUACUGGAGGCUGGGGAUAGACCUCUUGAUCGUUCACUUAGCGAACCUGGAGACGUUAAAACACAAUUUGCAACAAGAGAGGGUACUUAUCGACUUAUGACUCUUAGUGAAUAUUCUCGUCCAAAUCGUGUAGGAUAUCAGCAACAAGGGCAAACCCCACCCCAAGUUAGAGUUUCAUUAAUUACAUUGCCAGAUCAAAGUGAAAAGAUCUGCUUCAAUCAUGGUAGAGAAUUAUAUGUUUAUGUUUAUAAAGGUAUCAAGAAAGCAGCCGAUCUUAGUAAACCUUUGGAAAAGAAGAUUUAUAAAGGAACAAACCCUACUUGUCAUGAUUUCAAUACAUUUUCUGCUACAAGUGAAAAUUUGAGUUUGCUUAUUGGUUUUAGUACUGGCCAAAUACAACUCAUUGAUCCAUUCAAAAAAGAAGUCAAUAAAUUGUUUAAUGAAGAAAGACUUAUUGAUAAAAGUAGGGUUACGUGUUUGCGCUGGGUUCCUGGCAGUAAAUCUCUUUUUCUUUCUGCACACACUUCUGGUCAGUUAUAUGUCUAUAAUGAAGAACUCCCUUGUGGGUCAACUAUACCUCACUACCAACCAUUUAAAGCGGGUGAGGGCUUUACAAUUAGUACAUGUAAAACAAAAUCUACACGAAAUCCUCUAUUUAGAUGGUUACUUGGAACAGGUGCUGCCAUUAACGAAUUAGCUUUUAGUCCAGAUGGUGGUAAACUAGCUGUUGUUUCUCAAGAUGGACUUUUACGGAUAUUUCAGUAUGAUAGCAUGGAUUUACUUGGAACUGCAAGAUCUUAUUUUGGUGGUUUGCUAUGUGUAGCAUGGUCUAAUGACUGUAGGUUAAUUGCAGUUGGUGGAGAGGAUGAUUUAGUUACAGUAUUUUCUAUGGAGGAAAAACGGGUAAUUGCUAGAGCUCAAGGUCACAGGUCUUGGGUUUCAGCAGUAGCAUUUGAUUGGUAUUUAGAAACUGAAGCUUGUUAUAGAUUUGGUUCUGUAGGACAUGAUACACAAAUCUGUCUUUGGGAACUUCCAGAAGAAGCUCUGGCUCCUCCUAGACCUAGAGCUGCAAAGAAGAGGAUUGAUCCUUUGCAACUAGUAGGAACACCUGCAUGUCCUAGAUUAGAUGAGUGUCCAACACUCGAACCUUUAGUUUGUAAAAAAAUUGCACAUGAAAGACUGACUUCUCUUAUGUUUCGACCAGAUUGUAUUAUAACUGCGUGCCAAGAUGGAUAUGUGUAUACUUGGGCACGCCCCCCUUCAUGAAUGUAAUACUGCUAAAUGUAAAGUGCUAAUUUAUUGAUGUAUUAUUUUUUCAGAUGUCUUCAUGUUGACCAUUAUUGAUGAAUAAUAUUUAUGAUGUUUUUCUGUUGAAAUUGAUUUUUUUGAUGAUAAUUGAAAAGGUUUAUUCUUUUUAAUAAUAAAUGGACAGAACUAGAAAAAUUGUAAUAUAUUUUAUUAUAAAAAAUAUAAAUGUACAAAAAAUUAUAAAUUAGUGCUUAAUAUAUCUCUGCCUUAAGUACCUAACUUGUGCCCUAAUCUUCCAUCUAGUACAGAUUCAAUAAGUAAAUACAAGUGUGCAUGUGUCAAUCUUUUUUACUUUAAGUAUUCAACAAAUUUAUUGUGGAACUAGUCAUUUAUAUUUCUUGAACUUCAACUAGUAAAAAAUCACAAAAAGCUGCCUUUAUUUUCUUGUAACAAUAACAAUAUAUUAUUUAAACAUCA